AUGCAUCGCGUAUUAGGAACCAGUGAGUGCAUAGCAAAUUAUCUGGACGGUGGUUUUAUGCGCUCCGUUUGGUGUUUGUCGCAUACCAGUUCACUGUUUUUAUUGCUAAUCGCAUUAUUUUUCCUUACUAAACCAAUCUGGUUACUUUGGCCAGCACUUUUGAUGCAAUCAUCAUAUGCUCUUGGGUUAGCAGUGUUAACGAUGGCAACAGCGCCGAAGAUGCUUGACGCAAUGAGUGGUAAGGUGGAUACAGAAUUCGGUGCCGCAUUUGCUGUUUACCUGAUGGGCUUCAUUUCCAACUGGCUAUUCACAUUUGUCUUGUGGCAUCAUUACUGGUAUAUUGAGGAGAAACUGAAAACCAUUUCUUCCAAGCGUGUUUCAGCCGGUUAUAGCUUUUAA